AUGUUGCUUGGAGACCCGAUAAACUAGAGCCACAUUAACGUUCAUAAUCCACGGAGUAAUGUUGAUUUAGUCGGAGAAUGUUUGAUAUAUUGACGUGGAGCAACAACAGAGACAAGCUCAAAACGCUAAUAUCUACAGGAGUGACUGAACGAAAUGUGGUUUGAUUAACAGCGUUUGAUGAUGGACGAGUCAGUAAUCCAGCAGCACCUCUCGCAUUAUAAACAGGCCACAGAAACUGCACGAGAGGAGCUGGCAGCCCUGCAGGCCAAACACAACAGCCUACAAACACAGCUCUCAGAAAGCCAAUCCAGAGUUGUUUCUCAAGAAGAGACUUUGAGGAGCUUAAAGGAUGCUGUAGACAGAUACAAAGAGAAAGAGGCCAGACAGGAGUCUCUGAUCGGCUCCCUGAGAGAACGCAACUACAACACGGAGCAAGAGAUGAUCUCCAUCACCUCCACCAGAAGCAUCAUGGACAUCAGAAUACAGACCCUCACCAAGGAGAACCAGGAGAUCAAGGAGAAAAUAAUGCAGCUUGAAGUCGAGUCUAAACAGUAUGUCGCAGAAUGCAACAAGGCAAAACAGGAAGCCGCUGAGGCCCAGAGAAAGUGUGAGGAGUUUAUAUCAACGUUAGCAAACAAAAUCUCUGUAAUUGCGACAGGAAAAGCAGACCCUAUGGAUUAUAUUGUAUCUGUGGUGGAUGCUUGCUUCAAGGACAGAGAGCGACUGAAGAACUGUGUUUGUGCUCUAGAGGAGAGUGUGAAGCUGUAUGAGGUGGAGUGUAAAGCCAGCAGAGAAACUGUGAAGAGACUUGCCACUGAUGUAGAUCGUGAACAAACACUCUCAGCGUCCAGAGCAAAUGAGCUCAACUCCAGCAGACAGGAAUUGGAUCUCAUCUCCCUGAGGAAAGUGAGUUUGGAGAGGGAGAAUCAGAGUGCUAAAGUCUCUCUGCAGGAGGCUGAAGCGGCGCUGGCGUCUGCACAGCAGCUCUGCAGACACUACGAGAAUCUGUCUCAAGAUCUGCAAAAUAAACUCCAGAUUAGCCAGAACGAAGCCAAGGCGUCUCACCGUCACCACGGGGCCUUCAUGAAGAAAGUAGAAACCCUGCUGGAUGAUCACAGCCUUCCUGGUCAACACACAGAGCAGGACAUGCUUAGUGCACUCACAGAUCUGUGCAAAAGGGAGACAAGUGCACAAAAGUCUCAGAUGGAGAUGGAGGUCAGGCUGGCAGAGAUGGUGGAGCAGUUGUCCAGCAUUAAAGAGCAUCAGAACACCUCAGAGCAGAAGAAGCAGGAGCUGCUGGACAGAAUACAGAGUCUGGAGGACGAGCUGAUUAACGCCAGAGUCUGCAAAGACGGAAUGAAUCAGGACAAACAGCAGUAUCUGCGGUUUGUGGAGCAGCUCUCCGAGAUGCUAAAAGUGGAUGAUGUUGCUGCAGAGCUGGGGUUUGAUAUGAGACUGGAGGUCAUUCUGACUCGAGCACAGCAGCUGAGCAGACACGAAGGAACGGCUUUACUGGAGACCAAGACACAAACAUACAGCCUUCAGAGAAAGCUUAAGGAGCAGAAGUCUCGGUCGGAGAGUAAAGAUCUUUACCUGGAGCUGCUGAGGAGGAAGGUGCAGCAGCUGGAGGAGGAGAAGCGCAGCCGCUCGACUCUGGCUUUGGAGAAAGACGACGCUGCUCUGUCUUGUAAGAAGCUCCAGAAGCGUGUGGAUCGAUUGCAGGCGGAGCUCAGCACUUUACGCUUCUCCAACACCGAGCUCAAAGCGCAGCUGUCCCACACCAAUCAGCUCCAGAUCACAGUGAUGGAACAAAAGCAAACCAUCGAGGAGCAGAAUAAGAAUCUGGGAAAGCUUGAGAAGAAAAAGGUGAAGACGGAGCAGAAACUUACCAGCGUCACGUCAGAGCUAAAAAGCCAGGAGCUCAAAGCCAGAGAUGAGAUUCAACAAGCCCACAGACUCCUGGACACUCAAUCCAGUGCCAUCGCAGAUCUCACACACACAGAGAAACAGUUGCUGGACUUCUACACGGUGGUGUCCCAGAUGUUGGGCGUUCACUGCACAGGCUGCAUCCCGAACUAUGAAGUCCUCAGACGCCUGGAGGUUUUGAUUCAGUCGCGUCAGUGUCACAGCACUGCUCAUUUACACACCUGCUGGAACUCUCCAGUUUCAUCCAUAAAUGUCGAUCAAUCUCACGAGUUUAAACCUCAGGCUCUUCCAGCAGCUUCAUCUCCUACAGCCUCAUUAAUAAACCCGCAUUAAUAACAGCCUUCAGAAAGAGCUUACAAGAUGUAUGAAUUGAAAGAUCAGUUAACCUUUCAAAACAUUGUUUUCUGUCUUCUCAAAAAAAGACCAAAAGAAGGCGGGACUUGCUUGUCUUUAUCAGGUGAAUUGAUAGCAUUGUUGGAUGGAUGUGGUUUGCUAUUGGUGGAUCUUAUUUGAUUGACAGGAUGUCUCACUGUAUUGAUAAAACGUAAUCAGAUAAAAGAAUUGUUAUUGAUUUUAAUUAAUAAUUAUGAGAGCAUGUAUUUGAUAAAAAAUAUAAUUGCAUGGAUAGAUGCUUUAUAAUAAAUAAGGCAAUAUUUAAACAACUGCUCAAUUUGAUUUAAUGGUUAUUAGAAUGUUGACUAUGUUCAUGCAUUCCCAUGUAUUUAUGAGUUAACAUGAUUUAACUUCAAAUUUUUUUUUUUUUAUGGGAGCAAAACCCAUAUGGUACAUUUUAGUAAGGAAAAUUUAAUUGGUUAAACAGAUAUAAUUAGCAAUAUUAUAUGUCUUUGUGUAUUUAAAACUAUUGAAAAGUAUGCAUAUGUAAUUAAUUAAAAUAAAGAGAAACAACGCA